AUUUAUUCAUUUCUGUUCUUUUGGUUUCAUUCCUUACUGAAAUGAAUGUGACAUACAUCAGUCUUGAUGGACAUAUUGAGGUUGAAAAAUACAGAUAUGUUUACUUUGUUCUCAUGUUUACUGUUUACAUUUUGAUCAUGUCCAGCAGUGCAAUGGUUGUUUAUUUGAUAAUGAUUCACAAAAACCUCCAUGAGCCCAUGUAUAUAUUUAUUGCUGCUUUGUUAAUUAACUCAAUGCUUUUUAGUACUACAGUUUACCCAAAGCUUUUGAUAGACGUUUUAUCUGAAAAACAGAUAAUAACUUUUCCAGUCUGUCUCUUGCAGAGUUUUUUAUUCUAUUCCCUAAGUGGUUCUGAAUUCUUGCUGUUAGCAGCCAUGGCUUAUGACAGAUAUGUGUCCAUCUGUAAACCUCUGCAAUAUCCAACCAUCAUGAGAAAAACAAAAGUGAGUAUUUUUCUUUUUCUAGCUUGGCUUGUACCUGCCUGUCAUAUUUUUGUGGCCAUUAUUAUAUUUACUCAUUUAAAACUCUGUAACUUUAGUUUGAGAGGUAUUUAUUGCAAUAAUUCUAUAAAUAGAUUAUUUUGUGUUUUUUCAAGAGCAGUAAUGAUAUAUGGCAUAGUAGUUCUGUUUAAUAUGAGUCUUCUUCCGUUGUUUUUCAUACUAUUCACCUACACAAUGAUACUAUUAGUGGCCUAUAGAAGUUGUGGGGAAGUGAGGAAAAAAGCUGCACAGACAUGUUUACCUCACCUGUUUGUUAUAAUCAACUAUUCUAGUUUGGUCACUUCUGAUGUGAUUGUUGUUAGACUGGAGUCUGAUAUUUCAAAGACUGUGCGUUUCUUAAUGACAAUGCAAGUGAUAAUAUGCAGCCCACUAUUUAAUCCAAUCAUAUAUGGACUGAAAAUGAAAGAAAUUUAUAAACACCUUAGAAGGUUAUGUUAUCAUGCUAGAGGAAGUUAAGGGUUUUUUAUCCCUUUAUCAUUUAUGUAGUUUGAUGGGUGAACAGGAUUUUUUUUCAAUUCCCACAAAGAUUAACCUUUGUUUGUCCGUAGUUUGAUUUAAUCUAAAAACAAACAAAAAAAAUCAAAUGUUACAUGUUCUAUCUUAUUUGUUUAAUAUAUCUUCAUAAUAGUGAUUAGAUAAUUAGUGCCAGUUUGUAAGUUUAAAAGAUUGUUCUAUAAAUGUCAUAUAAAAAGGCUUUUAUGUCAUUUGUGCUUUUAUUGUUUUGCAUGUUACUCUAAAUACAUUUCUAAUUAUUGUUAAUUAUUAUAAUAUUUACCACCAAAACACUGAAUAUUCGCUGACCAUAAAAAAUUAUGUGCAAAUGCAGUCUGCUAAGUUGUAUGUUUAAGAAAGAAUAACUGAUUUGAAAGAAAAAACCAUCCUGUCCAGUGUAGUUUGCCUUUGUAUUAUGUCCAUGCAAUAAAAAUCUGUCUAAUUUUAUGAAAUAUAUGGUUCUCCUAUUGGUUUCAAAUAUAUAUGUAAAAGGUAAUUGUUUGCUUGUUUAUAUACGGUUCACUUCCAGCUAUUUGGGCCAGAUCACAAUUUUGAGUUUGUUGUUGAAUCUCUAGUUCAUGUUCCUUUUUCUUUGGGCCAGUGGUGAGAGAGGGUUUUGGUGUUUCGUGGUGUUCCUGUUUUCCUGAUCAUGUUCUGCCUCUUAUUGACUGAGCAUGCCCUGUUCCUGUCUUGGCUCAGUGGAGAUAGUGAGUUUUUAGUGUAACGUAGUUUGCCUGAUAUCCUGCCCUGAUAUUCCACUGGGCUUGCCCGUUCCGAUCCGAAUGUUCUGCCUGAAAGCUCUUUUUGGACUCUUGGGACCCUGAAGUAGCCUGUUCCUGUUCUGAUCAGAAUCCCUGACUGGGCUACGGACUCCUGGAUCUGUGAAGGUUCCUGUUCUGAUCUGUUUCCCUGAUCUGU